AUGUUUGCAGUUAAAUCUCUUCGCAUCGGUGUGGAACCCGUUGAAGUGGAGUUUGAUGAGGAUGCCGGCAUUUUGUGGACUUCAUUGCAAACCGCGUUCCCGGGAUGUUCUGGGAUGUACUAUCGAGAAACUGGAGAUCCGUGCAAGAAAUCAGUUCGAUUCGAUGGAAAAAAGUUCAUGGCUCCGGGCGGAGCAUGGAACGAUCGAGAAUAUUAUGUGACUUUGAGUCAAAGAUGUCAUGCUGCAACUGGAAAUCCUGGUCACACUGCUUCCUAUAGUGAAGCAACGAAACAAUUUGAAAAGAGUGUGCAGGCAGUUCAGAAGAUGAUGAUGGUAUCUGGAAUGAAAAUAGACAUGAGCCACUUGACAAAGAAAAGACAGCACACUUCAUCUCGGGAUACAGCUUCCUCAACAUCGUCAUCUACAGUAACUCCAGAUCCGAUUCAAGCCAUUGAGGAACGCUCACAAAUGCUGAAAAACGCUGGAAGAGAUUUGAGCCCAUUGGAACAACAAUUUCUUGAUUUAUGUCGAAUCUCGACGGCCAAAGAUCAGAUAAUUGAUUCGAAUCGACAGGAGAUUUCAAAAUUGAAUGAGUCAUUGCGCAAUUUGGAGAAACGAUUGAAAGAGAAUGAAGCAAGUUUGAAGGAGUCGAAUGGUUUGGUUGAAUGCAAGCAACAGGAAUUGGAUAUGGUCAGUGAGGCUUUGAAGAAAUUGGAAGAAUCAAGGCAUACGAUUAGCGAGUUGAGUCAAAAAUCUGGAAAUUUGGAAGAUAAUGUCACCGAGUUGGAACUGAAAUUAGUGAACUUGGAAGAAGAGAACCAAGGAUUAAAAGCAAAUUUGGAAACAAGUCACAACAGAAUCAAGGAAAUGUCAGAAACGAUUUCAAUGCUCACUUCUUCGAAAGAAAUUUUGGCAAAGGAACUGGAUCAAUUGAGACCAUUCGCAGAGGCAGCUGGAAUUGAGGAUUACGAGAACGUUCCAACGUUCAUUCAUGCGAUUCAUGAAAACAAAGAACUUCACAAAAUGAAUGAAAGAAUGCGAGUAGAGACGGAAGAAUCGAAAGAGAACAACAAACAGAUGGUGAGCAUUCAUAGUGAAGUUUUUGAGGAAAAUGCGAAAUUGAGAAACAGGAAUGAGGAUUUGGAACGACGAUUUGCACAUGUCGAUGAGGAGCUCACUUGUGUCAAUGAGAAUUGGGCGAAAGAAUUGAAAGAGAAACAGCAGGAUUGGGAUAAAGUUAAAUACGCGGCAGAAUCAGAAGUCUUAUCACUGCGAGAACAACUAGUCCAUCUUCAAUCAAUUCUCGAAUCAGCAACCCGCGAAGCAGCUGAAAACGCUCGAAGAGUGUCAGAAUUGGAGCACGAACGACAUGAGAUCCGUCGUCUCUCCGAUGCUGUUCAUAUUAAAACUCAGGAAGAUCUAUCACGUCAAGUGAGAAUUCUGAAAGAGAGAUUGGCUGAAUCAGACAGUCAAGUUGCUGAACUCAAUGUUCUUGUUUCCUCAUUGGCAGCAGAUGCCACAGCUUCACGAAGAGAAAUUUCAGAUUUGCUUUAA